CAUCCACGCCCUCAAACUCCUCCUUCCUCUCUCUCAAACCCUUCACUGCCUCACAGUCUCUCCUCUUCUCCCGCCACUGCUCAUCCGCCGCCGCAGUCUCCUCCGUCGAUACCGUCACUGCCAGUAGCACCGAAGCCCCUGUGCAUCACACAUGACUGGAGUGGGUGGCCUUCGUCGACGGGUUGAAGACCAAGGGCUACUUCAUCAAACCGUCGCCGGCUGCGGAGGACGGCGAGACUGACCACGUUUAUACUGAUGUGAAUCAGUUGAGGGAUGCUCGCCUGAUAUAUUCAAGUAAUAUUCUUUAUGUACUGCUCUGUUUGAAUUAUGAGUCUCAUUUCAAUUUGGGCAUUUUAUUUGAUCAAAUUCCAAGGCUUUCUGGAUUAUAGGCUAAUAUUUCAGAUCAAAUUAGCUUAAUUAAACUUAAUGGUCUAAGAACACUACCGUAUACUAUUGAGUUUUCGAGUGGAUUCUAUAACAUUAAUUAACUAUGAGUUUUCGAGUGGAUUUCUAUAGCUAAAUUGUUGAUGCAGGUGGGGUUGUCUGUUAGUGGGGUGCUACUGCUGGCGUUUUUGUGGAUAUUGAAGGCAGUUCUUGAGGAUGAUCCUUGCUAUGCUUAUCCAGCCUGUAAGUGCUAUAGAAAUGUUGAAAAGAACAAGCCAGAGAAUGAACAACUUCGCUUUUGGUGUCAGUAUUGGAUUUUGGUGGCUGUUUUGACGGUAUGUGAACAAGUUGGUGAUACAAAAAGAAAUUUUAGUAACCCGAGAUUCAACCGGAGGCUUUAAUUUCAUUCAUGGAUUGAUAGAUCUAAUUGCUCUUGCUACUGCUAUUGCUACUACUCCUACUCAUGCUCUUGCUACUGCUACUGCUACUGCAAAUGAAACUGCUACUGAACCAAGAACAUAUUUAGCAACAAUGAAGAAAAAGAAGUUUGACGAAGAGAUCUAAGAUUCUCUCUCUUAGCAACGUGUAAAAGGAAGAGUAUGAGUGCAAUAGCAGAACUUCACGAGUAUGAGUGCAGUAGCAGGAUUGGAUU